AGCACAGGUUGAAAGAAGAAUGGAGCAGAAAGGCAAGUUUGUGGCAUAUCUCCUGGUAGCCACCUGUAUCUUCAGCAUCAUUGCCCUCCUACUGACUGUCGUAAAUGUGAAGAAAGUAUUUCUGCCACCCAGCACCAAGUACGGCCUGGUGUUCGAUGCUGGCUCCACACACACAUCGCUCUACAUCUACCAGUGGCCAGCAGAAAAGGAGAAUGGCACAGGCAUCGUCAGCCAGGUGGAGGCCUGUGCCGUGUCUGGACCUGGCAUCUCCAGCUAUGCAGACAGCCCUGCUCUGGCUGGAGCCAGCCUGAAGCCCUGCCUAGACAAGGCCAUGACGAUUGUCCCAGCAAAGCUGCAGAAGGAGACCCCCACGUACCUUGGGGCCACAGCGGGCAUGAGGCUGCUGAGGGAGCAGAACAGCACCAAAGCGGAGCAGGUCUUUGCCGAGGUCGCCAAGGCUAUUCGCCAGUACCCCGUGGACUUCCGUGGAGCCCAGAUCCUCACAGGGGAUGAGGAGGGCACCUUUGGCUGGAUCACUGUCAACUACCUGCUGGAGACACUCGUCAAGGGUGCCGCGGGGGAGAAAGGGAGAACUCUGCUGCUGUGGGCAGGUUCGAGCCACGCAAAGGAUGUAUCCCACUACGCGCAAGUCCUCUUGGGCUCCAGGUCCUGCUUUUUGGGUGGUCUCAGCAUGGGGUGGGCUGUGGAGGAAGGGUCUGGCUGCCACCCCCAGCCAAGCGCCACUAACAGCUCCUGCCCCCUCCAGGGCAGCUCUUCUCCCCAGCAGGUAUCGCACCCCUGCUACCCAAAGGGAUACCAGGAGAACGUCACCGCUGCAGCCCUCUACGACAGCCCGUGUGUCCCCACGCCGAGCACAGCCAGCCCUGCACAGGUCUUCACGGUGACGGGGACAGGAGACCCAGCAGCGUGCAAGACAGCCAUCGAGAAACUCUUCAACUUCAGCUGUGGGGCCCACAGGACGUGUGGGUUCAACGGCAUUUAUCAGCCCCCUGUGCAGGGGCAGUUCUUCGCAUUCUCUGGGUUCUAUUAUACCUUCGACUUCCUGAACCUGACUGACCAGCAGUCUCUAGGCCAUGUCAACUCCACCAUCUGGGCCUUCUGCAACAAUACUUGGAAAGAGCUGGUGGAGGACUUCCCACAGGAGACGGAACGCCUGCACAUGUACUGCUCCAUUGCUGUUUACAUCCUGACACUGCUACUCGAUGGCUACAAGUUUGAUGAGCAUACAUGGAGCGGCAUCCACUUCAGCAAGAAGGCAGCAAACACAGACAUCGGCUGGACUCUGGGUUUCAUGCUGAACCUCACCAACAUGAUCCCCACAGAAGCUCUGGUGCACGUCAAAGGGCAGAAGCCUGGACUCUGGGCAAGUGCCAUCUUCUUCAUUGCACUGGCCACUGUAGCAGGCUUGAUGGCCAUUUUUCUCCUGUGUUUCUGGAAACCCAAGUAGUUCCC